AGAGUUGCUAUAUUCAGUUUGGUCCGGUUUCACAUUUAUUGAAAAAUGGCGGCUGGUCCGAUAGCGGAACGUAAUCAAGAUGCAACAAUUUAUGUCGGAGGCUUGGAUGAUAAAGUUUCUGAAUCCCUUUUAUGGGAAUUAUUUGUACAAUCAGGGCCAGUUGUUAAUGUACAUAUGCCAAAGGAUAGAGUAACGCAAAUGCAUCAAGGCUACGGAUUUGUCGAAUUUAUGGGAGAAGAAGAUGCAGAUUAUGCAAUAAAAAUAAUGAAUAUGAUUAAAUUAUAUGGAAAGCCCAUACGUGUAAAUAAAGCUAGUGCACAUCAAAAGAAUCUUGAUGUUGGUGCUAACAUUUUUAUUGGCAAUCUUGAUCCAGAAGUUGAUGAGAAACUAUUGUACGAUACAUUCAGUGCAUUUGGAGUCAUUCUUCAAACACCAAAGAUCAUGCGAGAUCCGGACACUGGAAAUUCCAAGGGUUUUGCCUUCAUAAAUUUUGCUUCCUUCGACGCAAGUGACGCUAGUAUAGAAGCCAUGAAUGGGCAGUACCUCUGCAAUCGACCCAUUUCAGUGUCUUACGCCUUCAAGCGUGAUGCAAAGGGCGAGCGUCACGGGAGCGCUGCGGAGCGUCUUCUCGCAGCCCAAAAUCCUCUCAGUCAGGCGGACAGACCUCACCAGCUGUUCGCGGAUGCCCCUCCGCUCAUCCCCACGUCGAUGCCCAACGUCGGCAUGAGUCAGCCUCAUCCGCAGCACCACAUGAUGCAUGGCAUGGUAAUGCCGCCUCCGCCACCGCCGACUGCCCCCAUGCCACCAAUCGGUCAUCCGCCACCCCCACCGGUUCCACCUCCACCUACGGGAUUCCCUGCCAAUAUUCCACCACCACCACUGCCGCCAAUGCCCAAUAUGCCUGCACAUCCGCCAUUACCACCGGGCAUGCCACCUCCGCUCCCGCCUAUGCCAAGUCAACAAGGACAGCAGCAGAGGAUGAUGCCGCCUCCGCAUUGGAGCGUUGGAACGCAGCAGGGACAGUUCCCGCCACCCCCACCCCCCACAAGUACUGGACCACCCCAGUUUGGACAAUUUCAGCCACCGCUACCGAGGGGACCGCCCGGCUGGAGGCAUCCACACCCACCUCCUCCUUUCCCCCCAAGAGGUCCGCCACCACCACCACCACCUCACGACGGUACCCAGUUCUAGCGAGCUCUGGAAGCUUUUUCUGUGUAUUGUGCAAGUGUCGAAGACAAACUCAAUUUCAUACAUAUUUGUAUUUAUAUAUCAUGGACUAUGUAACAACAACAGUACCUUCUAUGAUUUUAAUUUAAAUGUACAAUGGUUAUUAUCAUUGAUAUACUUUUUCCUUUUACUUAAAACAUGAAUUAAGA